UUAUAUGCUUGAUACCCUUUGAUCUUUAUGAGAUUUCAAUUUCAAUCUUUUGUUCUAACUAUUAUUCAACAUUGUUUUUAUUAAGAGCUAUUCCGAAACGAACCAUUCGUCAUUGAGCUGUAAAUGUUUAUCAAGUCCAAUGUCUAUUUAUCUAUCUAGCACGUAGGAAAUAAAAAAAAUAUUAGUGAUAAUUAACCACAGUAUACAUUUAUUAUUUAUUGAAACAUGACUGCUAAUAUUGUUGUGAAGAAACAACGUUUUAUUAAACAAAUUAUUUUAAUAAUAAAAAUGAAUUAAAGAGAAAUCUCUACAGUGUUGUGUUUUACGUGAUAUACCUUUCGAGUACAAAAUUAUACGUCGUGAAAAACUAUUAUAUUUCGAACAAAAUGUUGCAAGGAUCGUGUGAUAAAUCGAACGAUUUGAAAAUGAAUGCAGCUAGUGGUGGAUGGUGGUCGGCUGUAAAAUUACUCGAAAAGCUGAAAUUUUGCAACAGCGGUAUCAUAAAAAUUGGGACUCUAGAACGCGAACGUUCGUCGACCAAGAAACAUGAACUUUGCGAAACCGGCCACAAUUCGAUACCCUCAGGGUUUCUGUUACUAGUUGUUUUGAUUGCUUUAAGUGGAAUAUUCACAAUCAUAAUGUGGUUCACGGAGUUUUACAUGUUUCAAAUCUUACAGUUUGUGACCAUAACGCAGGGCAGUGCUUCGUACAGCAUGUGGCAAAAUCCAUCCGUCAAGCCGUAUGUGUCGAUUUAUCCGUUCAACUAUACCAACAUCAACCGGGUUUUGAAAUACGGUGAUACGCCCAUAGUCCAAGAGUUAGGUCCGUUCGUCUACCGGGAGACAGUCGAACGAAUUAACGUGGAAUUCAACGCUAACGGUACUGUCACAUACCAGGAGCGAAGAAGUAACGAGUUCGUACCCGAAAUGUCUCAAGGCGACCCGGAACGACUAACUAUAACCGUACCAAACUUGCCGCUAAUCAGUGCUAUAUCGAAGAGCGCCGAUACGUUUUACCUUACACAAAAGUUCAUGUCACUAUUUUUGGACGGGUUUAAAGUAAAACCUUUUCUACACCUAAAAAUUAACGACUACUUUUGGGGCUAUGAGGAUAGUAUAUACACUCUGGCCCAAGGCCUGGCAUCGACGGUGCACAGGGAUGCCCGGCUGUCGAAGUUCGGGAUAAUUACCGGACGACGCGGUGUGUCACCCGACCGUAUCACGAUUCACAGUGGUGUUGGAAAUCUAAACGAGCUCGGCAUCAUCACACGCUACAACGGGUUGGACACAUUAGAUGUUUGGAAGACGGACGAGUGCAACAGGUUGGACGGCAGCGACGGAUCCCAAUUUCCGCCCACCACGUUGAGCCGUAAGUCGAAACUUUUUGUGUUUCACAUGGACCUGUGCCGUCGGUUUCCGCUGGUUUACAAGGAAGACAUCGAAACAGUUCCCGGAGUGACAGCAUUCCGUUUCCAGGCACCCAGAAACGUGUUCGACACACCUAAUACAAACCCGGACAACGACUGUUAUUAUACUUCAGAAACGUUUCCGCCAUCGGGAGUGUUUAAUUCAUCACCUUGUAACGGCGCCCCAGUAAUGAUGUCAUUCCCACAUUUCUAUUUAGGCGAUCCAGAGCUGAGAAGAGACAUUCAUGGAAUGUCCCCUGAUCCCGAUCUCCAUGAGACCUUUUUAGAUGUUCAUUCUAAAUUGGGAGUGUCCCUGGGAGGCCGGUCCAGGUUUCAAGUGAAUAUCAUGUUAAAAAAAGCUGAUGGGAUAUCGCAUUUUAAAAAUUUCAAGCAGGGAAUAAUACUGCCAGUCGCAUGGAUUGAAGUGAAAGUUGACAAACUUCCCGAUGACAUAAAGAGAACUCUUCAACAGACUUCUAUUAGUAUCAACCUCGGUGAGAUAUUGUUGAAGUGGACAUCGUUAUUGACACUAACAUUGUCUAUGGUUUUUUUGGUCAGGAAAAUCAUAUUAAAAGAUUGUUUUAUGUCUAAUGAGAAACAAAUUUUACCUAUGAAUAAAUAAUUGCUGUGUACUUAAUACAAUGUAUUGUAUUUCUACUAUAAUUUGUAUAUUAUUUAUUUUUGAAUGUAAAUGU